AUGGCGUCGAUAAGCACGGCGAAGAAGGAAAUGAGGCGCAGGAUCAAGAAGAUCCUCGCGGGCGUCUCUGCAGACUCAGUCGCAUCUCAGUCCUCUCUUGCCACUGAACGGCUGCUCGCGCUGCCCGAGUACCAGGCGGCGCGGCGGGUCAGCGUCUACCUGUCGAUGCCGGCGGGCGAGAUGAUGACGGCAGCCAUCGUGCGGGACGCCUUUAGGCGCGGGAAGCAGGUGUUUGUGCCGUACAUCUACAAGCUCGCAGGCAGUGCUGAAACGAAGCCGUCGUCGAUCAUGGAAAUGCUGGCCCUGCGCUCGAUCGAGGAUUACGAGUCUCUACAGCCCGACGGAUGGGGGAUUCCUACGCUGGACGCCAGCUCGCUCGCCGGCAGGGAGAACUGUCUGGGAGGAGACGGCUUACUGGGCGAAGACGGCGCCCUGCACGGUGACGACUGCGGCCUGGACUUCAUUGUCGUGCCGGGCAUGGCCUUUGACGACGGCAGACGGAGACUGGGACAUGGAAAGGGGUAUUAUGACCGUUUUAUCAACAGAUAUCGGAGCAGCGCGGGAAAGGGGAAGAUGCCAUAUCUCGCCGCCUUCUGUCUAGCCGAGCAGGUCCUGCAGCCUCCAGAAGAGGUGCCGGUGGGAGAGUACGACAACCUCGUCGAUAGCCUGGUCGUAGGUGAUGGACGAGUCGUGAGAAGCUGA